AGAAGCGCGCAAGAGGAGGACGUCCUGUCGCUUCUCCUGGAGGGCAGCAAUCAUGCCGGAGACGCCUAUAUAAGAGCCUCCAAGAUGCCACUGAUCGGUCAGUCGUGCCCUUGCGCUUUUUCCAGCGUCUCUCCUCUGCCUGCGCGGUGCAACUUCUGCUGCGCUCUCACAUGCAGACUCACGCUUUCUCAUGCGAAGUCGUAGUAAUCUAGCGGAUUUUUUUCUUCUCUCUCCUUGCUCCUUCCUCAGUCAAGACGGAUUUCAACGCAUGAACUUUCUAAGAGAAGAUUUGCAGAGCGCACAGGAUGCUCCAGAGCCUGGACUGGCUCCUUUUUCUCAUACUCACAACUUCACGUGAAGCCAAACGGGAUUUUCUCUCGGUUAGUGUCAGCAAGCAGGUAGCCGAUACUCUGGCAUGGACAAUGGAUACCCUUAGCUUGUCAGUGAAUGCGGUGUCCUACACUGUGGCACCUGUGCUCUCCACUGAUGACCCGUUCAGUGGACCCAUUAAGAACAUCGAGCAGUGGAACUUCACCAUCCUGGCCGUUGUCAUGUUUGUAAUCACCUCGAUGUCUCUGACUGAAAACUUCCUCGUCAUGUUUAUCACUUUCAAGGUCAAGCAGCUCAGACAGCCCCUGAAUUACAUUAUAGUUAAUCUGGCCAUCGCCGACUUUCUUGUCUCCCUCACCGGCGGAGCAAUAAGUUUCCUGACAAACGCCAGGGGCUAUUUCUUCCUUGGGAAGUGGGCUUGCACCCUGGAGGGGUUUGCUGUUACUUUUUUCGGGAUCGUGGCACUCUGGUCUCUGGCUGUUCUGUCCUUUGAGCGGUUCUUUGUGAUCUGCCGGCCGCUGGGGAACAUCCGACUGCAAGCGAAGCAUGCCAUAGUGGGUCUGCUGUUCGUCUGGACCUUCUCCUUCAUCUGGACCUUCCCUCCGGUGCUGGGCUGGAACAGAUACACUGUGAGCAAGAUUGGAACCACCUGUGAGCCUGACUGGUAUUCGACCAACAUGACAGAUCACAGCUACAUCAUCACUUUCUUCACCACCUGUUUCAUUCUGCCUCUUGGAGUGAUAUUCUUCUGCUACGGGAAACUCCUCCGGAAGCUCAGGAAGGUAUCUCAUGGUCGUCUGGCCAACGUCAGGAAGCCCGAGCGGCAGGUGACCCGUAUGGUGGUGGUGAUGAUUGUGGCUUUCAUGGUGGGCUGGACGCCGUACGCUGCCUUCUCCAUCCUGGUCACAGCUUAUCCAACCAUUGAACUUGAUCCCCGGCUGGCAUCCAUCCCCGCCUUCUUUUCCAAGACUGCUGCUGUCUACAACCCAAUUAUCUAUGUCUUCAUGAACAAACAGUUCAGAAAGUGCCUCACCCAGUACUUUACCGGCAAGGGGACCAUCCCAGAGAGCAACCUGAAUCGGACCUCAGGGCGACUUGGAAUUACUUCUGAGAGUCAAACAGGAGAAAUGUCAGCCAUUGCAGCUCGUAUCCCUCUGGGCGGUACCGUGUCGCCCAGAUCUGACGAUUCACCAACUGACUGUGGCUCGUUCGCUCAGCUUCCCAUCCCGGAGAAUAAAGUGUGUCCAAUGUAACAGUAAACCUCAUCCAAUAGGUGUUCCUCUUCCUCGAGAGUGCAUAGUAAUCUUCUGUAAUCGACGUACAGUGUGUGUCAGAAACUCUUUGGACAUCAUUGAUGGUUUGUCAAUUUCCUGGGGAGGUGGAGUGUGCAGUGUGAACUUUAAAAGGGUUUUCAGAGUUCAGGAUUCUGGAAGAGUAAUUAAGGACAGACACAAAGCAGACAAAAAAGUUUCGUGUUCCAGCAUGUUUCAGUAUUUUAUUCAAUAAUGGAUUAUAAAAGCUCAGUUUAAGGGACGAGAAAGAAAUGUAGUGAAUGAAACGCUCAGAGCUUUGCCCAGUAGAUGUCUUGUAAAUAUGUGCUUGCAGACACUCGUCCGUCCCGUUGUUCAAGAAUGUCUUGGAUGUUCUCUUGACCAUCAUCGCACGUCUGGUAGUAUGUCACAUUAGAGGGCACUUGAUUUAACUUUAUAACGUCUGCCUUCAUAUCCCACUGAAAAAGGGAAUGCAAAAAACACGGACCUUGACAUGAGUUAGUCGAGGGCUAGCCAGUGUUUUUUCAAAUACCACAAUGCACCCAGCCUUUCAUCUCGUCCUUGCCCUCUCCUUUGAAGCCCCAUGAUGAUGGCCUGCAGAGAAAGCAUUGUUUUUUUAUGCUGUUUCAGUAUUUGUUUGGCAGCGACUUUUAUUCAUCUCUGCUCGUCAAAAGGACGGAGUCUUCUGAAUUUGGAUAUUUUUACUUUAGUGCAUCCAGCAUAGACUUGCUUAUGUCAGAGCUUUCAUCUUUACUGAAGAUGGUCAAUGGGACUUUAAAAUGCCAGUCUCUUGUCUCUGUUGCAGAUGUAGGAGGACAAUAUAUUUAUGAAGUGCCGGCAGAUCAACAAACACACAGAUAUUCACACAACUACAAGCGGUACAUAAUACAUGCACCUCACACACAUGCAGAUAUAUACACAAACAGCAGUUCACUGCCUGUUUUGUGAUAAACUCUUUAUAGGCACUGUGACAAUGAUGCAAUGCAUAAAUAAAUAACACUAGCACAAGAGUGGCUCUGCUAAUUAGCCAUGUACAAAAGCAAUGAGUAUUCCCAUCACAAGCACAGGUCAACAGCAAUAUGAAAGCUAAAUACUGUCACACAUUUCAGCACUUCUGCAUUAGCUACAGUAGAUGUAGCAAUGAGUGUUAAAAUGUCUUCUACUUGACUUUGUGGUGCAUGUUUGUUCACUAUUACUGGUAUUUGUUGAAACACUGUUGUAUGCUGCACAGUGAUUCACUAUGUUACAAAACAGUAAAAUUGGUGUCUGUUUGCAAUGUACCAACUGUGUGUUUCAGUCAUGUUUAGCCGGUCUGGUAGGAGUAACGUCCAGCAUUUUUAAGCAUCAGUGCAUCUGUGCCAAACUAUUUGUGACGCCUUGAUAUAAUCAACAUGACAGUGUGAGACCAUGGUGGAGAGGACUGGCAAAUGAGCCUCCGUCUCACACCAGUACCACUCAGAAUUAAGAACCUUCACGACACUUCUGGCUUUGUUGUUGACUUUGAAAUUUACAGUGUUUAGACAACCUAACUGAAAUCACAGUGCAUCAUCACCACAAUCAGCACCUUAAAUCCUCCAGCUCCUUUAGUUUACAGCUGCACAAUUCCUGUAUAGUUCAGUCUCAGUAUUGUUUUUAAUCUCAUUUCAGCAGCAGGAAGCUGAAAAUGUGUCAGUCAACCUACUGCAUACUACCUGCCAACGAGUUGGCUUAAAAUAAAAUAAAAUAUGUCAAAUAUGGCCUUGUCACCAGUAAUGAUUCUAUUUUCCCAGAGCUGGCCUCUUUUUUAUGAUGAUUAUACCAACUACUUAGCACUGCUUAAUUUAUUGGUGUUAAAGUAUUCAAGCCGUAUCUCAGGUCUGCCAGAAUUUACUGUUUGUGUCAAUUGCAAUAUGGUCCUGUUGUAUAACAAUAUGUUUCCUUCCUUUUUCAUGUGUGUGUAUGUGGUUGUGUUGGCAUUUUGAACAGGACAUUUGACAACUUUAAAACUGGUUUUCAAAUGGGCAUGUAUAGAAGGCUCAAGGGGAGAAAAACACAAUUACCACGCUGGGUGUAGCAGAUCAAGUACAAAAAUCUGACUUUUUGGUUUGCUAGUCACGCUUUGGGGCAUGUACACUAGUGUUUAAAAGUUUGGGGUCACUUAGAAAUGUCCUUGUUUUUGAAAGAAACACAUUUUUUUUCAAUGAAGAUAACAUUAAGUGAAUCAGAAUCACAGUCUAGACAUUGUUAAUGUGGUAAAUGACUAUUCUCGCUGGAAACAGCUGAUUUUUAAUGGAAUAUCUAUAUAGGAGUAGGAGGUCCUAUCCAGCAACCAUCACUCCUGUGUUCUAAUGCUACAUUGUGUUAGCUUAUCAUGCUGAAAGGCUAACUGAUGAUUAGAAAACCCUUGUGCAAUUAUGUUAGCACAUGAAUAAAAGUGUGAGUUUUCAUGAAAAACAUGACAUUGCCUGGGUGACCCCAAACUUUUGAACAGUAGUGUGUAUAUGUAGUUAAUUAGGAACAGUUUUUUUAUGAGGCAUGUGCAAAACAAACAAAACAAACAAAAAUGGGAGGAUUACAGAGAGAGUGUGGUACCUAUAAUAAUGAGGGAAUAAAGAGGUGAACUGUGUGCAAGUACUGUGCAACAACAGUAGCUAAUCUUAGUGGCAAUAUUUUCGAUGCAAUGAACCAUUUAAGAAGCUAUUAUCUAAGUGUAACAGUUAAAGGAAGAGAGAGUCACGUAGGAAAGAGCAACAACCGCUCUCACUGUCAUUAAUGCAAGACAAUAUUCUCCCCCUAAAAACACAACAAGGCAUAGUCAAAGAACUCUCCAACUUUUCUUGCUUUUAAACAUUGGCUCUUUAAUGUCAAAGUGAAAACUAAUUUCAAUUUCAAAGUAAUGUCACUUAAACCAUUUGUAUGUACCUGGCUGUAUGCCUUGGAUUAAUGUCUGCUGCCUCUAGCAGACAUCAUCAGGCUGUCCUUCAGCAUUUCCCUAUACUUAGCAUUUCCCUAUACAUAUCAUUUCCCUAUACUGCAUUCAUUUUACCCUCUAUCUUUACAAGCUUUCCAGGGCCUGCUGCUGACCCAUCAUGAUGCUGCCACCACCAUGCUUAAUAGUGUGAAUGGUCAAUUGUGAUGCAGUGUUUGAUGUCUGUUAAACAUUGCACCUAGCCUGAUGGCCAAAAAGCCAAAGUUUGGUCUCAUCAGACCAAAUAACCUUCUCUAAGUUGACUUGAAUCUUUAGCCAAGAUUUAAUAUGAGCUUUUUUCAAUAGAGGUUUUCCCUCCCAUAAAGCUUUGACUAAUGAAGAACCCAGGUAACAGUUCUUGUAUGAACAGUCUCUCGCAUCUCAGCUACUGAAGUGCAGAACUCCUUCAGAAGAGUCCUAGGAGUAUCUUUCUUGCACAAUCGCUCAGUUUGUAAGAACAGCCUCCUCAAGGGGGAUGUACGCAGUGCUGUAUUUCGUCCAUUUCCUAAUGAUGGAAUUAACUGUUUUCAAAGGGACAUUCUGGCAUUUAGAUAUUUUCUUAUAUCAUCCUCUGUGACUUAUGCUUUUCAAUAACCUUUUGCAGAGCUUGGAGUGUUCUUUUAUCCUCAUGAUGUAGUUAUAUCCAGGAGUACUGAUUCUGAGACUGGACCUUCCAGAUACAUGGAGUCUUUAUACUCCAAUCACUUUCACUGCCUUAAGAUGAUCUCCAUUUAACUAAUUAUGUAAAUUCUAUUAAGUUUAUUUUUUUGCUGGAAUUAGUGACCUCUAAAUAGUCUCAGAGUUCCAUUAUUGCCCCAUGUAUUAGUGAAGUAGCUACAAUUUAGCACUUGGAAAGAGGAACAUAGCCACAUUUGGAAGGUGGAGAGAAUGAAAGUUGUAAAUCAGUAGACAUUCCACCUAAGAGACUUGAGUUUAAGUCCCAUCUCAGACCAUAAUUAUGGUUUUAUCUUUUGAUUUCAUGUUUUGACUCUUUUGACUCAAAACUGCUUGGUUAGGUUUAGGAAAGGACACCACAGGUCCACUCAUGUCCAUUACCAUAUGUCACAAAACUCGUGCACUGAUUUACACAACUUCCAACUUUCUGUCUAUCAUGGAUUAAAAUGGAUGAUAAGAGCCUACUGAGCCUACUAAAAGGUGAUGGAGGUCCCUACUGGUCUGUAUGUAUUAUAGUGAUGUGCACUGAUAACAGGCCAUUUGAUAGGCUGACAAUGUCCAAAUUGCCAAAUACUUGGAAAUUCUCACCUGCUCCAAAAUGGUGACUGCAAUACUGUUAUGUGGACUGAACUGGGAUUUUUGUGAACUGUUGCACUCCAAAUCAUCCCCUGAUUGAUACCUGAGUAUACACAACUGUUCAAAAGUUUGGGGUCACUUAGAAAUGUCCUUAUUUUUCAAAGAAAAGUAGUGUUUUUCAAUGAAGAUAACAUUAAAUGAAUCAGAAAUACAGUCUAGACAUUGUUAAUGUGGUAAAUGACUAUUCUAGCUGGAAAAGGUUGAUUUUUAAUGGAAUAUCUACAUAGGGGUACAGAGGAACAUUUCCAGCAACCAUCACUCUUGUGUUCUAAUGCUACAUUGUGUUAGCUGAUGGUGUUGAAAGGCUAAUUGAUGAUUAGAAAACCCUUGUGCAAUUAUGUUAGCACAUGAAUAAAAGUGUGAGUUUUCAUGGAAAACAUGGAAUUGUCUGGGUGACCUCAAACUUUUGAACGGUAGUGUAAAUUUACACAAUUUGCAUGCUCUCCUCUUGGUUUCCAGAGUAAAAUAUUUCCAAAACAUUCUUCAAACGUGUUUGCUCUCAGCCAGAUUUAGAAACUGACAGUGUAGUAUUGCUUGAAUGUUUGUACUCUGCAGUAGGGCGAAACAACAAAUGGCAUGUCAUAGAUGUAUAACAUUACAUUGUCCAGGAAUAGUUCAGAUUUUAUGACAUAUGGUGGUGUAAGUUUUAUACUAGAAAGGUACAUUAAUGUCUGGACAGGAACUCCCAGAUCUCCCAGUGGAGCUUCAUGUGGCUGCAGCAGACAGACAGAUAAAAAGAUGUUAAUCAUUACAUCAUAGUCCAGCUUUCAGUGUGGGCAAUGAUCCAGGACACUGUGUGUAAAGAUACCGGUUUAUACCAGCAAACAAAACAUUUCCAAAAUAUUGAGAUGUCAAACACUCCAACAGCAGCAGUUUCAACUUCCUUUCUUUUUAAUGUGCUUUGUGGCUUGAAAUGUUUGUUGAUUGCUCAUAUCUGGAUGUACAGUGUAGCCAUGUAAUAGCAGCACAGUUGGUCGGUGACUCAUACUGUGUUAGAAAAAAACGUUCUAUUUAAGUGUCAAAGCACACUGUUGCCAGUCAGUACCAAUAGGUAUUCUUAAACAUUUCCCUGCUGACACACACAAACACAUGCAGACCCAUCAACAGGAGUAGAUACAGUAGGUAUGUAGGGGCUUUUCUAUGUAGCGACUUCACCUUGAAGACCAGACAGGAUAUAAAUCAAACCAACCUGCCAGUGUUGCAUUUUGGUGCAAGGAUUACAGACUGCACUGCAUGCUGAUAAGGGGAGGAAGCACUCCCAACAAGUAUAGAUGGGUUAAAACUCCCAUUUCUCACCUCCCCACCCUCAAUAUCAGGUCCCUGCACCUGUUUGUUGUAUUGUACUUACAAAGGCAUGUCAAGACUUGUUCUACUGUAUGUUUUUUGUGUCAUGAGUAGUAUUGUCUGAGUUGGAUUUACAUGGGUUUACAGGUCAUAGAUGCAUGCUGGUUAUAAAAUGUCUACAUUAAAAUAUAUUUUUUGAAAAGC